AUUGGUUGACAACGUGUCAAUUUUAUUGUACGCGUUGCAAAGGCAAUUUUGCCAACUCGGACUUGCGAGCGAUAAAAAAAAUUAAUUUUUGUAUACAGCAGUCAAUGUAUUGUGAUUCAAUAAAUUAUCUCAAAUUUAAUUAAUUUCUUUUCAAGAAGAUGCCACCCGCACCAAGUUCUACAUCUGUAGGGGCAGGAGGCCGGUCACCUAGCAAGGCUACAUCUGCUCCGCGUUCUUCAAGUGGUGGCACUGUAAGACAACGUAAAACAACGACGACUACUACAGCAGCUAGAAAUCGCAGUACAGGUGCUGGAUCAGGUGGCAUGUGGCGCUUCUACACCGACGAUUCACCUGGUGUAAAAGUAGGCCCAGUUCCAGUAUUAGUGAUGUCUCUCCUUUUUAUUGCCUCAGUGUUUAUGCUGCACAUUUGGGGAAAAUAUACAAGGGCAUAAGGUGGUUUCCAAUUUCCAUGUAGUAUAAAAAUGAAUUUUAUUAUUAUUCUAAUAUAAGAGAGUGAAAGUUUAGAAUGUUAUGUUUAAUAAUUUUAUAUUGUAUGUGCAGGCUAUGUAAAACUAUUAGUUUACUUUGAACACAAGGUAAUCUAUGUCAUUUAGAUGCAGAACACCAAAAACACAAAAUGCCAAUCGAUGUUAAACAGUAAGCAGAAUGCAUAACUUUACUAACUAUAGAAACUUAAUUAAACUAUUAUUAUUAUUUAAAAACUAUAAAAUUGCAUGUUUGAUAUUCUCAAAAUUAUAAUUUUGUGCAUUUUUGGCAUUAUGUAUAUUUUUUUUUGUCUGUGGCGUUUAGCUUAUUUGGUAUUUUGCGUAAGCAAUCUUUCAUUAACGCAGAAAUGGCAGUUUGCGUUUUUGGCCUUGUCUAUGCAUCUAAACGAUUUGUGAAACUGGAAUUAUGUACUGUUUAGUUUUUUGGAAACUGCAAAAAUGUGUACUCAAGUUUGGGAGGGCCUAGUUUAAUACAAAAUUAAGUAAAUAAGUUAUUUUUUUUUUAAUAAAUAUAAGUCAUGCAUUUUA